AUGUAUAUUGUAUGGCCAAAUGGGGAUCCAAUUUUGAAACAUCGCAUUGCCAUACUUUUUAGUGAAUUAAUCGGAAACUUUCUGAUUCGAAAAGGGAAGAAACGGGAUUCAAAGGAGGGACAGAUCUCCCAAACUCAAAUUGGGGGAAAAAGAUUUGUGGGGCAAAACACGAGAACAUGCGAUGCGAAUGAGAAUGGGAAUGGGAAGGGGACUGGAUCGUGUGUGAGGCUGUUUGGCGUGAAUAUUGCGUCGUCGCCGGAACCACAAGAACAACAGCCGAUACAGAAGAGCCUUAGCUUGGGCAAUCUGCAGGCGUUAGAUCAGGAGGAUGAUAGUGCUGAUCAUUUCGUUGAGGCUGGGUAUCUCUCCGAUGGUCCUGUUGCUCAUUCCAGGAGAGGCAAAGCUGCCCACGAAAGAAAGAAGGGGAAACCAUGGUCAGAAGAGGAACACAGAACAUUUCUAGCUGGUUUGAAGAGGCUUGGGAAAGGGGACUGGAGAGGAAUUUCAAAGAAGUUUGUGAUAAGCAGAACCCCAACACAGGUUGCAAGCCAUGCACAGAAAUACUUCAUCAGACAUGCUUCCACCGAUCGGAAGAAACGCAGAUCAAGUGUCUUUGACCUGCCUCUUUCAGAACCAGAAGCCUCUGCUUCCAAAGCAACACCAAAUCUGCCUCCAGUCAAAACUGUAAAACCUUUAUCAAAGGCAAGUUGA